AUGGUAAAAAAGAAGUCAAGAAACCAUCUGAGGAGACAAGACUCUCGUCAAAGAAGACAAAGAAGUCAAGAACCAUCUAGAGGAAAACAAGACAUCUCCUCAAAGAAGGACAAAGAACAGAAAAUAGAAGUCUGGAAACUUCUGAAAGAAAAGAAAGCAGAAACAAAACCAUCCAAAGAAGAGAAGGAAGUCAAGAAACCUCUUAAAGAACAGAAAUCAUUUAAUACAUCUAUCGCAGUAGGGAUAGCCUUCAAGAAACCAUCUGAGGAAGACCAGACAGUUGGUAAACCAUCCCGAGAAGAUAAAGAAAACAAGAAACCAUCCAAAAAAGUAAAAGAAACUGAGAAAUCAUCAAAAGAAGACAAGGAAGUGAGAAAAGUGUCUAAAAAGGAGGAAGAAGCAGAAACACCUCUUAAAGACGAGAAAGCAUUUAAUACAUCUAUCGCAGUAGGGAUAGCCUUCAAGAAGCCAUCUAAGGAAGACGAGAAGAUCGGUAAACCAUCCCAAGAGAAAAUAGAAGUCUGGAAACUUCUGAAAGAAAAGAAAGCAGAAACAAAACCAUCCAAAGAAGAGAAGGAAGUCAAGGCAGCUUCUAAAACAGAGAAGGAAGUCAAGAAAAUACCUAAAGAAGACAAAGAGGUAAAGAAACCAUCUACAAAGAAGAUAGAAGUCACAAAGCCAUCCAAAGAACAGAAAGAGGAGAAGAAACCACUGAGAGAAGGAAGGGAAGAGAAGAAACAUCUUAAGGAAGAGAAAGCCAUGAAAAUAACUCUCAAAGAAGAGAAACGUUCUAAGGAAGAGACAGAAGUGAAGGAACCACCUAAAAAAGUAAAAGAAGUCGAAAAGCUUCUCAAAGAGGAGAAGGAGGAACUAAGACCAAUGACUGCCAUAACUAAGCCUGCAAAAGAAGAACCAGAACAGAUCUCUAAGGAGUUGAAGGAGAAGGAAAAGGAAGCAAGUCCUUCCAAAGAAAGGGCAGUACCAAUGAAGCCCUCUGAAGAAAAACCUGAACCAGAGAAACCUUCUAAAGACGAAAAAGAGGUCAAGGUUAUUCUCACAGAAGAAAAGGAACCAAAGAAGAUCUCUAAGGAAGAAACAGAACCAACAAAGCCUUCUAAAAAAGAAAAGGAAACCAAGAGGCCACUUAAAGACAAAGAACCCAUCAAGAAGAGAGACACUAAGAAAGGUAGGCAUAGUCUUGCAAUGUAAUGUUUUUAUUAUUAUUAUUCAAAAUAAGGAUCUGUUGACGAUCCAAUACCAAGAAUAUACAGCCAUGCUAACCGCUCUGUCCAGCUAUACAACAUGGCAAUGCUCACAUCAUUAUGCCAAUUCUGAUCACCAUGACAAUGCUUAAAGUCCAUGAAAUGUCCAAAAUAAACGUUAU